AUUGUAAAUCGCCCUGACUUGAAUGAAGAUUAUACAACGGCUUACAUGGUAGGGGGGCUGCGAGGCACAAAGGAGAGAGGUAUUCUAGACCAUCAAUCACUGGCAGCACCAACAGUCAUUCGUAAUAGAUUAAGUUGGACACAGGUAGGCUUUAGUUAAUUGUGAAACUAAAUUUUGACCAAAAUUAACAAAUAAAUAAACAUAUACUUUUCUGUAUUAAAUAUAUAUAAAAAAUGAACACAAAAAGUGCACAACUGGCCCAAUUUGGCCGUGACUUUGGAGAGGCACUUGACAAGAGCAAGGCCCAGGACCUGCAUUCAGAGAGUCUAUUAUGUAGCCGGACAGCAGAGAGAAAUGAAUGUGCACGCCUAAAUCGGUGCAUCCCGACAAGCUCAUUGGAGAUGCUGUCGCCUGCGUGUCGGGGGGCUGAAAGGCUACUUUAUUGAAGUUUCUUGGGGCAACACUGAGGAGGCGAGUUCACUUUGCGGCCACAUUUUCUGUCCCAUUAGCUUCAUUUCAGCCGGGUUGGCCGACCUUUUCCACCCUUUGACCCGGCCCUCUCACUCAACGUGUACCUUCUGUGUGCACCCUCGUAGGUAAGCCGCCAGGGCACUUGUUUGCUUUCAUUGUGGGGUUGAAGUUGUAUUGACGUGGUAGCAGGCAAUCUGAAUGGGUUACCCUUGCUCAGUACGGGGUGACCCAAAGGACCGGUGAACUCUCGGGCACUCUUAGGACUGCUUGGCCUUCACAGGGGGCUCGCUUCUCGGGGGGACUGCGAACCUAAAGUCGUACUUCUGCGCUGACUUGUCUACAGGUCAGGCGCGGUAUGAUGGAGGUUUCAGUAGAAGAUGAUGAGAAGCCUGGAGACGGAGGCGUCGUGGCUCCUUCGGCGAGAAGUUGCUCGAGCGUCGUCCCAUGCGCCGGGCUAUUGGAGGACGGCCCCACGUGACUACGGGGUUCACACGCACUGCCAGACUAUUAAAUACGUGGCGGGUGCUCUACAGUGGAGCCUGGUGACCCCAACCAAGCGGGGCCCGGUGAAGGCCACGAGUGGGACCAUGUUUUCGCUCAGAAACCCAAUUCAAGCCAAAACACGUUUGGGAUUGGACCCCACCACUGCAUGGCAGGCUGACUUGUUAAAAACCAAUGGAACAAGUGCUAAAGACCUUCUCUUCAAGACGUUGUACCCGUGGAUGGGCGAGAGGCAACCUUCUUCCAUCCCCAACUUCUGCCAAUCAGGUGCGGCGGUGUUGAACAGCGACGAGGCCUGUUCUCCGCAGAGGGUGAGGAAGAGUGACAGCCGCUCUGGCAGGAAGCGUUCCCGGGCAGCUUUCACCUCCUCUCAGCUGCUGGAGCUGGAGAAGGAGUUCCACUUCAGCGCUUACCUGUGUCGCCCAAGGCGGCUCGAGAUGGCCUCGCUGCUGAAGCUCACCGACCGACAGAUUAAAAUCUGGUUCCAAAAUCGACGCAUGAAGUACAAGAAGGAUCACAAGGGCAAGGUGACGGCAUGGCCAUCCUACUCUAGCCAGGGGAUGAGUGCCUCGUCUCCGGCGGACGUUGGUGCUUCAGCAGGAGAUAUCAAAGCUUCAGAUAAACUUCAGUUCUUUCACCAUCGACAACCAACAUCAGUGAACUUCACUCAAAACCACUACAGUGAACCAUCAUACAAAGACUGGCUCCUGCUCACAAAACCAACUCCAACACCAGUUCAUCUGGACUUCAGCAGUGUUCCUCAGCCAACCUCCAGACCCAGUGACUCGCCCUUAGCUUCUGUCCCUGACCUCUGUCUCCACAAGCAAGACGAGAGACGUCUCCUGGUUCCUCCCGCACCCUCAUACCAAUGAUUCAACCAGUCCUCAGUGUGGUACAUUCCUGUUCAUGGUCCACCACUCCUUCAGCUGUAUCUUCUCCUGACAGUUUACCCAUGCCCAUGCCAUAGUCUGAUUAAAUGAGCCUCCCCAGCUGCCAGCACUUUGAGGAGAGGCAGGAUUUGUUGCCCUCAGAAGCUGAUUUACAGGCAGAACGUUGACUUAGAAGAACCACAGAGCCAAGUUCACUGUCAUGGGCGACGGUCCAAAGGAGAAUUACAUGUUAUCAGCCAAUAUGCAGCAAAGCAGGGAGGGUUUUCCUCAGCGGAUAAGCUGCAAGCAGACUCUGUGAAAAGAGCCGAGAUUUAUUGCACAUGGAUUCAGGCCCACUUCUGAGAGUUUAUCUACCGAGCGCAGAAAACAGCAUGUUUAAAAAAGCAUAAGAAUCCUCCUAACGUUAACAAGUGCAUUCAUUUUUUAACUUUAAUGGGAAAACAGGCAAGAUGAUGCAUCGUCUGAGGCUCGUCUCAACCCGUAUUUAUGAUCUCUGAAAGUAGAAAGUAGUGUUAUGAGAGUUUACCUUUUUGUUUAAUGAUGCUGGUUCUGCUGGUAUAAAAGCUUGAAGGCACUUUUGAGUUUGAGAAGAACUUUCGGCAGCUGGAAUCAAUUUUGGAUACUUUUUUGUUUGGAUGUUUUUGAGUUAUUCAAAAUGUUAAAAAAAAAACGAGCAGAAGGAGGCAUGCAUGCUUUGUCACAGAUUUAAUUUCAUUUCUGCAUUGAUUGAUUACUUUUCCAUUAUUGUACCAUUUAUUCCCCUUUAUUCUGUUCUUAAACUGAUUAGUUUGACACACAUAUUACCAACACGCUUACCUCUUUAUCUAUAUUAUUGCAAUCCUAAUAGAUGAAUGUAGUCGAUAUAAUUAAUAGAUAGGUAGAUAUUUCAUUUAGCAUUUUAAUUAAUUCAAUUCUGUGAAUGGUGGAAAUCUGAACAGAAACUACCUCAAGUGUUCAUUACAGGUGCAUAUUUUUUAGAAAUAGUUGGCAAAUAGUUGUUUUUUGUUGUUUAAAUGUUGUUCAAUCUGUGUUUUGUGUUCUUUGUUCUCUGUUUAAAAGCAAUAACAAAAAAUCUGAAUAAACUGAACAAAUGCAUGAAUCAAAAUCCA